UGUUAUCGUGUUCAUAAUAUUUUGAGAAAAUUUUAUCUCCUAAUUACCAACAAAAAACUUAAGGCAUGAGCGAAAAUAUAUUUUGCCGCACCUGCGGCCGGGGAGGUUUAAUUUGUUUCGUGCCGCUGCUGCAUGUUUCGGAUGUAUUCAGUGAAACGGUUCUUCGCAUGAUCGAGUUUGGUAUAGGGCUGAAGUUUUCCAGCGGUGACGGAUUUCCGCAGCAUGUUUGCCAGAUGUGCUACGGCCAGAUCUUGGUGAGCUAUGAGUUGAAGCGGGCCAGCGUUGAAUCUCAGUCAUGCUUCCAGCGGAUGUUCCCACUGGCUGGCGCAGAUACUUCUGAUGAAAGAUUGCAGGAUGUGCCUAUGCAGGAGAUAAAACUGGAACCCGAGGAAAUUCCGAUAAUCGAAGAUAGUUCAAAGCUUGAAGCAAAUUUAAUGCAAGAUUCUGUCUAUCAUACCGGAUAUAAGGGUCAGGGAAGGCCAGUAUUGUUUCAACAAAAUACGCAACUAAAACGGAAGAUUUACUCAUGCAAAUACUGUCCGUAUAAGACGUUCCAUCGAAUGGCUUACAUGUUCCAUUACAAAACACAUCCGAAGGCUCUUCGUUGUGUCUGCGGCUUAGUGACCGAUAGGAAAUUUACUCUCCAGCGGCAUUUGGCUAAAUUUGAUUGUGAGAGCUUGUACGGGAAGAAGGUGAAUUUCACAACAUCAUCGCGCAAGGGUCGACGCAGGAAAGCAAACACAAUCAUCGAUCAGACCGAGCAAACCUCAGAAAGUGUUCCGGAAAAGUUUAAAUUUGAAGUAGAAGAAAUAACAAUUAUCGAUGAAAUCCCAAAGCUAGAGGAAACAUUUUCGAAUCCUGAAGAUGGAGAAUGGAACAGUGUCAGCGAAACCCUACCCUUCAAAGAGACAGAAUCAGAAUCAAAUCUAAUUAUCGGUGCUGGUAAAUUAGAAUUAGACGAGAUUUCGAUGACCGAGCCACCAAUGGAACUCGAAGGAGAAUGUUCGAUAAAGGAAGGUACCUAUAAUACGGUGUUAGAAUAUCGGGAAGAGCACGUACUUAGCGAUGAAGCCUCAUUGGAACACGAUAUUAACCAAAUGCGGAAGCUCUAUGAAUGCAAAUUUUGUCCAUACACUACAACCCAACGAUCAGAAUACAUGUCCCAUUACAAGAAACAUCCGAAUGCUGUAAUGUGUGUUUGUGGUUUUUGGACUGACAGGCGGUACACUCUCCAACGACACCUCAUAACAAUGGGUUGCGAGGAAAUCUACGGAACAAAAGUUAAUUUGGGGCCUUCGUAUCGGCCGUAUCGGAAGAUCGAUAAGAAUAAUGGCGAACCUAUUCAAGAUCAACCGGAGUCGUUGAGAAUAUAUACUUCCAGAAGACAAAAGUAUUUCAAGUGCCGGAUUUGUAGUCAAACGACGGACGAUAGGCAGACCCAUAUGGAACACUUGAAAACGCAUCCCAAAGCUCCUCGUUGUGUUUGUGGGUUUACUACCGACCUGAAGUCUACCCUUCAGCUACAUGUGGAAUAUUCGCAUUGUGAAGACAUUUUCGGGGAGAAGGUCGAUUGGGAAUAUUUUAUAGAAGGGCAAAUCUCUAACAACGAGAUUGUAGGUAUAGUUCCGAAAGCUUCCAAAAGCGUGCAAAAGCGAAAGGUGUACAAGUGCGAUCAUUGUAGUUACAUAGGGGACAACCGUAUGAGUUACAUGUCGCACUAUAAGACACAUCCGACGGCUUUCCGCUGUGUGUGCGGCUUCGCAACAGACAGAAAGUUUAGUCUACAGCGACAUCUUGUGAAUUGGAACUGUGAGACUAUUUUUGGAACGAAAGUUGAUUUGGACGCGUAUGAGGAUCAUCGAAAAAAGAAGCGAGCGUCAAGCCAACAAAGCGAAAAGAAUAACGAUGGCCUUAUAGGAAUGGGAUUCACCAUGAGGAUAACAAGAAAUCUGCGCAUGUUUUACUGCUGCAAAGAAGAGUGCCAAGGGGAAUACGACUCUGAGGAACAAUGUGCCGAGCAUUUUGAACAAAAUCACAAAACUGAUUUAUUGGAAAAUCUUACACAGAGUCAAUUCAACAAAUUCACUUGCAAGAGUUGCCACCUGACGUUUGCGGAUGAAAUGUCUUUAUCAGUUCACCGAGACAACCUUUAUCGGCCUUUGUUUCAAUGUAAUAACUGCGGAAAGGACGGCCUUAGUAGGAAAACUGCAAUGCUACAUUCCAAAAGUGUAUGCAAAGUUAAUAGAUUUUCCUGUUCCUGUGGGUUUUUGACAAACGAAUUAUCAGCUCUGAAAGAUCACUUCCAGCCUGAUAUAUGUAACGAAAUUCGAAUAGAAUCGGAUGCUAACCAACCGGGUUCAUCGAAACUCUCUGGACAAAAAGAUGGAACUAGUCCAAUGACAGGUUCCACUGAUGAACGUCACAUUUGUAAGAAUUGCGGAAUUGAGCGAAACAAUCACCUCAGCCUCCAGAAACACCUACGAAUCGAAGUCAGACGUGCACUGCGAGAGCAGUCCAUGCUGGACAGGGGCAAAGCAAUGGAUGGGAUUCCGGGCAAGGUCUACACCUGCAGGUGGUGCAACGAACCUACCAAUAACUUGCAACAUCUGGUGAAAUGUAUGUGCGACGCCAAAGAGUGCGCAACGUGCCGAAAGAGAUUUACCAAUAUACAUCUACUGACACUGCACUUGAAAAGAGAAUGCAAAACACGCAAUAUAGGAUUCCAGUGUCCGUUCUGUGAGAACCGAUUUUCCCAUGUUGGUCGUUUGAAUCGACACAUCAGCAGGGAUCAUUCGAAAAAAAAAUGUACCAAGGUAUAAGUGCAAUAUUUGCCACGGUGUGUUUGGGCGAAGAUAUACUUUGGAUAGGCACAUGCUCAGGCAACAUUAAAGAGCGUGAUUCGGUGAUGAGGCAACGGUAAAAUUCUCGAUGUCGGUGUAAAUUUCUUCUAAGCGAGAGAUAUAAAGUACAAUAGGUGUUCCCGUGAAAUAGUAAUAUAAAACGUCUACUAAUA